AUGACCACUGAGCAACAGAAAGAUAAGCCAACAGUUGUCUGUGUGUUCUGUGGCUCUGUGGCGGGGAACAACCCCGUUCAUCUGGAAGCUGCGCGCGCCCUCGCCUACGAAUUCCACAAGAACAAUGUCCACCUCGUCUACGGUGGCGGCACCAAUGGCCUGAUGGGCGAGCUGGCCCGAACGCUGGUCUCGCUCUCCGGCCCGCAAGCCGUCCACGGCGUCAUCCCCCGCGCCCUGAUCAAGGUCGAGGACGGAUACAAGAACUCGGCGGAGCCGACGCCGACGGAAAGCGAGGCUGAAGAGGGCAAGACCCAGAAGGGCGCCGGCAAGGCGCACGAGCGCACCCUCCCCUCGCUGAUGGACAAGACGACUCUGCUGAAGGAGACCGAGUACGGCAUCACCACCAUCGUGCCGGACAUGCAUACCCGGAAGCGUCUGAUGGCCACGAAGGUGCUCGAGGGCGGCCCCGGGUCCGGGUUCGUCGCCCUAGCAGGCGGAUUCGGAACCAUCGAGGAGGUCAUGGAGAUGACGACGUGGAACCAGCUGGGCAUCCACAAGGUUGGCGUCGUCCUGCUCAAUAUCAAUGGCUACUGGGACGGACUGCUGCAGUGGGUGCAGAACGCCGUCAAGGAAGGGUUUGUCAGCGAGGCCAAUGGCAAGAUCCUCGUGUCCGUCAACGAUGUCAACGACGUCUUGCCGAGAUUAAGGGAGUACAAGGCCAGUGCGGACCGAUUGCAGCUGAACUGGGGUGAGGAGUAG